AUGGCAGACCAGUCCAACGUUCACGAAGAAGAAAACCCUCUCAGGGGAAAUAACAUCAACGCCCAAACAGGGCAAACGGGAGGAACUCCUAGAGAAAACACCGGAACUGCUGCCGAGCAAACUCCCGCAGCCGUAACCGACCUGUUACUCCAAAUGUUCACUGCUCAGUUCGAAGCCAUCAACAAAAGGAGCGAGGAAUGUUUCAGUCAGAUGGCGGCACAGAUCGCCGAACUCAGUCAGACACGAACUCCUCUCCGAGUUCGAAACAUCAUUGACGAUCUCAAUGCCGACGGAGAUCCAACCGGAACUAUGAGGUCUGCCGCGGUCGGGUCAGCAAACCCACCAGCACCGGAUUUAAGCCGAGACGCCGAGUUUGAAGCGAUGAAAGCGCAGCUUCGCGAUAUCACCUCAAAAAUACAUCAAGCCACAAGCGCGGCUCCGGAGAUCGAGCGUGUCAUUCAGGAAACACAGAAGACUCCUUUCACAUCGCGCAUCGCAGGGACGCCGGUCAAGCACAUGGAGAAACUGAAGAUGAAAAUCUACGAGGGCAACUCUGACCCUCGACACUUCCUGACAUCGUUCGGCAUCUGCAUGAACCGAUACCAGUUUAAGUCUGCCGAAGAAAGAGACGCGGUUCAGUGCCAACUAUUUGUAGAAAGUCUGGGAGGAGUAGCUCUCGACUGGUUCUCACGGCUCGAAGCCAAAUCAAUCGACAGCUACAAAGAGUUAACGACAGCCUUCGUCAAGCACUUCUCUAUGUUCAUUGGACAGAAUACCAAGAACUCCGAGCUCUGGCAAAUAGCUCAAGGACCAAGCGAGAGCCUUCGCGACUUCAUCCAGCGCUUCAAGGCAAUCGUCGCCAACUGCACGAUUAGCGACGAAGCCGCUCUCUUAUGCCUUCAAAAAGGAGCUCGGAUAAAGACCAGUUUCCGAAGCGCGAUCACGCACAACCCACCACAGACGUUAGAAGAUGCGUUACACCGAGCUAAUACUUACAUUGCUGAAGAAGAAGAAGAAGCUGCGUAUGAGCAAAGUCACUCAACAAAACAACCCGAACGUCUGAAACCCGCGACUAACGAGCCACAGCCGGGAUACGGUCGAGGAUACGAGAACCGCAAGAGACUUUAUGCUAACGCAAUUCAACAACCAAGCAAGCAGUGGAAUAAUAAAUGGGUCCGCAGUGAAGAAGACCAAGACGAGUCGUUAUUCUGCGAAUUCCAUAACCGUAGGGGCCACAUCACCGAAGAAUGCAAGCAUUUGCGAGAAUAUCUACUCGGCCUGUAUCGUAAGGAGCCGAUCUCGGUCGACGAACUCCGACGCUCAAAUACGCCCAAGAGCGGUGGGCAACUCUCGAUGCCUCGACCGAACAACGAACAUCUCGAGAAAGCACUUGCCAAAGAUCCACCAACUCCACCGGCUUUACCGACACUACCACCACCGCCACCGAAUCCGCCUGCUUUGCCCGAGCAACAGAAACGGAAUCGCGAUGACCGAGCUCCGGAGAAUCAUGCUCCUAAGGCGCGAAAACGUGUUAACAUGAUAAUGGGGGCCAUCGAAGCUUGCAGUUAUUCUGUUCGAGCCAUCAAAGAAUACAGCAAACAAGCCGCUAGCAUACCAAAAACCCCGCAGGAUCCUCCGAAGGGAGCGCCCUUGGUCUUUACCGAGGCUGACACAAUCGGAAUUCACAAGCCGCAUAAUGACGCUCUCGUUGUCGAUCUACUCCUCGACGACGUCGAAGUUAGCCGCAUUCUGAUCGAUACUGGCAGUUCGGUCAACGUUAUCUUCAAGGAAGCACUUGACCAGCUCGAGUUGGCGUCAGAUAGGAUUGAUCCGUUCAUCGAGCCACUUACCGAAUUUGAUGGAGAACGUUGUAUGACGAUCGGCACUGUCAAAAUCCCAAUCUACGUCGGCGGAAUCGCAAAGAUGAUCCAGUUCCUUAUCCUCGACAAACCGGCGAUCUACAACGCUAUUCUCGGUACGCCAUGGCUGCACGCAAUGAAAGCGGUCGCUUCGACGUACCAUCAAUGCUUGAAGUUCCCGACCCCUGACGGUGUGUACACACUCCGAGGAGACCAAGCCGUUGCUCGAUCGUGCUACAUAAAUGAGUGCAGACUCCACUCGGCCAACCAAGCUUGCGUUAUUAGUUCGUUCGGACCAACUGAAAAGCUCAUCGUCCAAAAGACAAAGCCUUAG